GUAUUUGGCGUACAACUCUCAAACCUAUGGAGGCUGGUGGUCCAUACACACUGACUGCAUAUCAGAGCACAACUAAUAGCUCGAUUGUUCUUAAAGAUGUGCUCUUUGGAGACAUCUGGUUAUGUAGUGGACAAAGUAACAUGGCAUUCACUGUUGGCCAGGUGAUUAAUGCAACAGAGGAACUAACCAUGGCCUCAAAGUUCCCAGAUGUGAGAAUUUUCCAGGCUGCGCUGGAACAAAGCAAAAAGGAACUAACUGAUCUCGCAGGAGUGGAAGUUCCUUGGUCCAAACCAACACCAGGCUUGCUUGGUGGAAAGGAUUUCAGUCAUUUCUCUGCAGUUUGCUGGCUCUUUGGCCGUUACCUCUAUGAGAAACGGAACUAUCCCAUAGGCCUGGUUCAUUCGAGUUGGGGAGGAACACCUGUUGAGGCCUGGUCAUCCCCAAGGGCACUUCACAAAUGUGGCUUAAAGAACUCAGUUAUCAGUGAGCAAAAUACCUGGAGCAGUUCAGUGCUGUGGAAUGCCAUGAUCCAUCCAUUACUCAACAUGACAAUAACCGGAGUCAUAUGGUACCAAGGUGAGGCUAAUGCAAACUACAACAGGGAUAAAUACAACUGCACUUUCCCUGGCAUGAUUGAUGACUGGAGAAUAGCUUUCCAUGAAGGCUCUGAGGGCCAGACUGCAUUAGACUUUCCAUUUGGAUUUGUUCAGCUAUGCACAUAUAAGACAAAUGAUCCAAAGGAUGGCUUCAGAGAAAUACGCUGGCAUCAGACCGCAGACUAUGGCUUUGUCCCUAAUGAGCGCAUGAAGAACACCUUCAUGGCUGUUGCUGUUGAUGUACCUGAUGAAAAGUCCCCUUGGGGCAGUAUUCAUCCAGAGGAUAAACAGGAUGUGGCCUUCAGACUUGUGCUUGGAGCAAGAGCUGUUGCCUAUGGGGAGAAGAAUGUAUCUUUCCAAGGACCUUUCCCUACUCAAGCCGUGCUCGGCAACAGUUACAUUACCAUUGUGUUUAAUCAGGAUAUUAAGGCCAGUAAUGAAGCUGGUUUCUUUGAGAUCUGCUGCUCUGAGGAUAAGAUGUGUGAAACAGACGACAAAUGGACACCUGUUGCCAUUUCAAGCAGUGGAUUGAAUUACAUCUUUGUAGAAAUACCACCAUGCCCUGCUGCUAUUACGGCUGUCCGCUAUCUCUGGACAGACUGGCCCUGUAAAUUUAAAGCUUGCCCCAUCUACAGCUCUGAUGGUCUCUUACCUGCACCACCAUUCAUUAUGGGCAUAACAAGCCAGAGACCAACUACAGUAUUCUGAUCUAGUUUAUGAAACUAAAAUCUGCAUAUUUUGUAUGUUUCUGUUCUGUAUGAUGAUCUGGUGAUCUGAAUCUAUGCUAAAUGAGACAUACUAACUGAGAAGUUCUUAAGUGAGCAUAGUUCUUGUGACUAGGAUUAAAAGCUACUGUAGGUUUUGCUAAUUGUGCAUGUUUACAAAGAGAUUUUAAAUGACUGUAUUUCCGCAAAUCUUUUUCAUUGACGUAACCUGAAAAUAUGAAAUGAAUGUAACUUAAAGGGAUAGUUCACCCAGAUUGAAAAUGUAUUCACUAUUUACUCAUUCUCAAGUGGUUAGAAACCUGUAUGAGUUUCUUUCUUCUAUUGAAUACUAAACCAGAUGUUUUAAAAGAAAGCUGAAAACCUGUAAUCAUUUAUAUCCAAAGCAGGAAAACAAUUACUAUGCAAGUCAAAGGUUACAUUACAUUUACAUUUACAUUUAGUCAUUUAGCAGACGCUUUUAUCCAAAGCGACUUACAAAUGAGGACAAGGAAGCAAUUCACACAACUAUAAGAGCAGCAGUGAACAAGUGCUAUAGACAGGUUUCAGGUGUGUAAAGUCUAAGAAGCAAAGCAUUAGUAAACUUUUUUUUUUUCAGCAUUUCUCAAAAUAUCUUCCUUUGUGUUCAAAUGAAGAAAGAAACUUAGACAGGUUUGGAAUAAGUAAACGCUGAAUAAAUGACGGUAGAAUUUUCAUGUUUGGGUGAACUAGACCUUUAGCUGAAUUCUACUGCAGUAUUCCUACUGAGUUCAUUCAGUUUGCACUUUAUGAUUAUGAUUUAAAUAUCACACAGUCGUAAAAAAAAAAAUCAGUAUGUUAAAAAUCUGUAUUAACUUUUAUGUGAAUUAAUAUUAAACAUUUUGUGUUAAAAACA